AUGGCCACUCCUAAGCGGUUUCCGACGCUCGUGCAGCUGGAGCAACGAGAAGGGGCGCUAUUCGAGGUGCAGGGUAACCUCACCAAGCGGCCCUAUUGGUUCCACUCCGAGUACCUGAAGAGUCCGAAGGCAGUUCACCUCGAGGCGUGGCUGGUGGAGGCGAUUUUCGGUCCGGGAGGAGAGCACAUACCACACGUCGAGUGUGUGUCACAGACCCUGCUUCACGUUAAUCAUUGGGACCCCGAGGGCGAGGCUGAGAUCUUGAUAUUUGGUCGGCCCUAUUACCAGAAAGAUGUAUCCAAGAUGAUCAUGAAUUUGGCUGACCAUCAUCGCCAACUCCGGUCACAAAGCUCAGAGAAGACCCCUGCCCAGGAUGUAGCGACCCAACAGAACCCUGACGCUGUCCCUGAGGAGGAUACACCGAGCUCUCCAAAGUCUGUCCGGGAGGCGGCGACUCAGGGGACCCGCGACACAGUUCCGGAGGUGGCGACCCAGAGCUCUCUGAAGUGUGUUCGGGAGGCGGCGACCCAGAGCUCUCCGAAGUGUGUCCGGGAGGCGGCGACCCAGCUGGGCCCCGACGCAGUCCGCGAGACGGCGACCCAAAGCUCUCCGAAGGCUGCCCGGGAGGCGGCCACCCAGCAGGACCCGAAUGCAGUCGGUGAGGCGGCGACCCAGCAGGACCCCGACGCAGUCGGUGAGACGGCGACCCAGCAGGACCCCGACGCAGCCCGGGAGGCGGCGACCCAGCAGGACCCCGACGCAGCCCGGGAGGCGGCGACCCAGCAGGACCCCGACGCAGCCCGGGAGGCGGCGACCCAGCAGGACCCGAACGCAGUCGGUGAGACGGCGACCCAGCAGGACCCCGACGCAGCCCGGGAGGCGGCCUCUCCGCGCUCCCCCAGCGCAGUCGAUGAGGCGGCGACGCAGAGCUCCCCGAACGCUACCCAGGGCCCGGUUACCAGGUUAUGA